GACGCUUGCGCAGUGUGACAGGGAUGGCGUAUUUUCUUGCAUCGAGUAAUGCGGCGUCGCUGGCCGCUGAGGAGGGCGGAGAUAUCUGUGGUGAAGUAGUGGGAGGGCUCCAAGGAGGUCUCGCGAAGAGCCGCGGUCUAAACUAAAAAGUGAGAAGUCGAUGGUGGGUACUGCUAGUCUCGGACCGGCGGCUUCAAGUCUGAGAUCAUCGUGGAACCGAGAAGCUCAGUCCUCAUAUGGAAAGACGGGAUGGACCUUGUACAACUUCCUGAACUCGUCUGCUCAGACAAAGUGAAGCGUGAUAGGAGGAUGUGAAUUAGAACUUUGGCUCAGGGAAGUAUAGAGACGUUUUCCUGAAGGAAUGAGGAUAGAGCUUGGCUCAAGAAGCCAGCAGGAGAAGAGCCUAAAGGAAAAGAGAGCCAAGAAAGAACAUGCUGGAAACCCGUUUCAGGAAAAAGCUUUCCCAGUAUGAGGAAGGUCAGCUUUGAAAUUUGUAAAACAUGGAGAAAACUCAAGAGAAAGCUGAAAGAAUUCUUCUAGAACCCUAUAUGUACUUACUUCAAUUACCAGGUAAACAGGUCAGAACCAAACUUUCACAGGCAUUUAAUCACUGGCUGAAAGUUCCAGAAGACAAACUACAGAUUAUCAUUGAAGUGACUGAAAUGCUACAUAAUGCCAGCUUACUCAUUGAUGAUAUCGAAGACAAUUCAAAGCUCCGACGUGGUUUUCCAGUGGCACACAGCAUCUAUGGAAUCCCAUCUGUCAUCAAUUCUGCCAAUUAUGUCUAUUUCCUUGGCCUAGAAAAAGUCCUAACGCUUGAUCACCCAGAUGCUGUGAAGCUUUUCACACGUCAACUUUUGGAACUCCAUCAGGGACAAGGCCUAGAUAUUUACUGGAGGGACACCUACACCUGUCCCACUGAGGAAGAAUAUAAAGCCAUGGUGUUACAGAAGACAGGUGGAUUAUUUGGACUAGCAGUAGGUCUCAUGCAGUUGUUCUCUGAUUACAAAGAAGAUUUAAAGCCACUACUUGAUACACUUGGUCUCUUCUUCCAGAUUAGAGAUGAUUAUGCCAAUCUACACUCCAAAGAAUACAGUGAAAACAAAAGCUUCUGUGAAGACCUGACAGAAGGAAAGUUCUCAUUCCCCACUAUUCACGCCAUUUGGUCAAGACCAGAAAGCACCCAGGUACAGAACAUCCUGCGCCAAAGAACAGAAAAUAUAGAUAUUAAAAAAUACUGUGUGCAGUACCUGGAGGAUGUAGGUUCUUUUGAAUAUACUCGUUACACUCUUAGAGAGCUUGAAGCUAAAGCCUACAAACAAAUUGAGGCCUGUGGCGGGAACCCUGCACUAGUGGCUUUGGUGAAGCAUUUAAGUAAGAUGUUCACAGAAGAAAAUGAAUAAUAUUUACCAUUCUUGAUUAGACUCAGAGCUUCUUUCAGUUGAAAAUGGAGAGUGACUUCCUAUUUAUCUUUUAAGUACUAGUCUCCAAAAACCGAGUAAAUGAGGGUGAUGUGGGUGAAAGCGUUUCAUUGUCAGAGUUCCUUUGCAUAAAAAUACAAACUUCAGAGCUGGAGAGGUGGCUCAGUGGUUAAGAGGCUGCUCUUCCAGAGGACCCAGGUUCAAUUUCCACAGCCCACAUAGAAGUUUACCACCGUCUGUGACUCAAUGGCCUCUUCUGGCCUUUGCAGGCAGCAGGAAUACAUGUAAUACAUAUACAUACCUGUAGGCUAAACACUCAUACACAUAAGGUAGAUUUUUUUAAAGCACAAUAUCAGGAGCUACAAACAGGGUUUAGAAAUGUCAGAUCCUAAAUGUGACCAACUCUCUACCACCACAAGUGUUCUGGGUUUGUGAAUAAAAAAGACUGAUCUUCCAAGAAACUUUCUGCCUCCUAGCUGUAUGACAUGGAUGGUUUCCAGUUCAUUGAUGCUUCAGUUCAAAGCAGGGACUUCCUAGACAAAUCUCUUUAGCUAGGUGACCUAAAAACCAAAGAACUAACUGCUAAAAGUAUGUCAGUUUUGUCUCUUUAAAGGUCUAUACCAAAGUCUGAAAAGACAGACUGAAAGCAGUAGGCACUCUUCUAAACCACUUUCUUGUUUCUAUCCUGAACACCCACAAAUUCUGGUUUUAAACCAAGAGUCUCUACUUAAUUAAAUUCACAUCCUGGUUCCAAUUUA